UGAAACUUAUGCUUUUCUUAAGUCCUAUAUAAUGGCUUAUGAUCUAAACAAUAGCAACAUUCUAUCUAUUGUAUUACUAUUUCAUUUAUCUAACAACAAAAAUGGCUUUCAAGGCAACGAAAAAUUUGCGAUUCAUGGUGACUCAAUUAGGAGGAGCUGGAACACGUUCAUUUACUACCUCCACCACUCCAAAAAUGAAACCUAUGUCCACAACCAUGGAUGCUGCUGCACAUAAUACUCAUUCAACUUCUAGGUUGGUCACAUUGAAGGCAGAGUUAACACCAGUGUACAUUGUGUGUGGAUUGGUGGGUGUGGCUGUGAUAUGCGGAUCACACACUGCCUUUCAACAAUUGGCACGUUCUCCAACUGUUCAUGUGCACAAGAAAAGAAGAGAAUCAUUGCCUGAAGUUUUUGAUCCUGAUCGAACUAUCAACUCUGCUGAUAAAUUCAUCAACGGCUCAUUCUUUAGGAAAAUUACUCAUAUUCAAGACAGCAAUCCCACUGUCCAUGAUCCUGUCCACCCUAAUCCUUUCACCCGUGCUCGAACCGCCGAGACAUUGAAGUCGGUCGGCGUGGAGCCGGGCAGACGUUGAUUUGCUGACUCUGUUAACAAUGAAAAUGGUGGGCAAUAUAUGUUUAUAGGAUGAUUGCUUCCAUCUUUCAUUUUUGGUUAAUGAAAACGGAAGAUGUGAAGGUGUUAAGUUAGUGUAUAUAAUUUGUUUUUGGUUUGUGUUUAUCUUAUGUAAUGUUUGUAAACUAAUGAUGCUGCAUUAGCAGCUCUUUGUAUUGUAUAUGAUAAAUAACUUAUACAAUAAUGCCACCACAAAGUUAUUGCUCUUA